AUGGGACAGACCGAGCUGAAGAGCGAACUGCGUGGCUUGCAGUGCAUGGAUUUCCAAGCGGAGGAGGCCUACCACGAGCUCUUGCAGAUCCAGGACUGCACCUCCCCGGGAAGAAGGUUCGCCCGGGUGCCCGGUGCAUCUCAAGACGGCACGGCCUUUGAGAAGCGUGAGGAGUUGGAGCUUCGGAGCAACCUGCGGAAAAAGGGUGUGGCUGUGCAGGUCCGGGAGGAGGGCAAGAACCAGGCGCCGCAGUAUCGCUGGCUCUACGAUCGGAAGCGGAUUGAGGAGCCCUUGCCAAGGGAGAUCCGGUUGCCACAGGCGGUGGUUUUGCUGGCGAUCUUGAUCUUGCCCUGGAAGCUCUGCUUCACAGGGGCAGCAGUGCCAACCCUGCGGAGUUGCUGGAGACUUGGUGGAAAUGCCAAGGAGCCUGGCAUUGCAGUGGGCGCGUCCGCGCAGUCAACAGACAGCGGCUUCUUGCAACAGUUGCAGUCCGCGACCGCUUCCGAUGUGCUGCAGCUGUUGAGGCAGCGAAGGCCCGAGCUUCAGCUGGCUGAGUCCUUGUCCGCCUUCCAGCAGCUCCUUGAGCUAGAUGCAGACGUGGCAUCCCUCAUUCAGGAGGAUGUGAUUGCAGACGUCUUGGAGUUUCAGGUCCAGGCGCUGGCGGCUUCAAAGAGACCGCCGACGAAGACGCGGAUCGCGCUGGGAGCGCUGGGUCUGGAGCUCCACGAGCGUGGCGCAGGCGACAGUCUCCUGCGCGCCGCGGUGUCCUCCCUGGAGCCGGCACGGCUGCGGGUGGCAGAGCUGAGAGAUGUCUUCGAAAGCCGCCUCAUAGGCGGCCGAGGGGCCGAGCUGCAUCUCUGCCAGCGAGCUCACCCGAUUCGGGAGCAAAACAAGCCCACUAUGAAGGUGUUCACCUUGUCGGGAGGUCUCCCGGAGCUGCGGGCGGCGUGUUGGGCGGCGCUGGGGCAACUGGUGCACCGCACCAACACCGAGUUCCUGGUCCUCGCUUGGGAAAAGCUGGCGGAGUUCCAGGAUGUGCCCACGGAGUCGGAGCUUGUGGAAGAUUUGCUGGCUCGGGCCCACCAGAAGCGCCUCCAAUUCACCCAAGACGAGCAGUUGAGGCUGCUCCAUAGCCUGGCGCGGCUGAACCAGCGUGACAAGACAUUGUCGAAAACAUUUGCUGACCAAGCAGCUGAAGACAUCACCCCGUACUCGGUGCCAGAGAUUGUACUUUGGGCCGACAGCAUAACGAGGUUGAGCUUCGAGCAUCCCAAGCUGCUGCGUGUUUUGGCCCAGGUUACCACCUGGAAGUCGGAGCAGAUGUCUGGCUCCGAGUUGGGCACCAUGCUCAGCUGCUUCAGCCACUUUGGGUACCGAGACGAAGCCGCCUUGGAGGAUGCAGCAGGGCCCUCGGAAACGCACUGGCCUGAGGCGCGCCAGAGCCAAGCUGCGCCCAGACCUCCGCUCUUGCAGGAGACCUUCACCAUCAACUGCCCGGUGCACGGGCAGAUGUACUUGCCGCAGUACGUGAAACUCGUUGUGGACACCUUCUGCUUCCAGCGCAUGCGCUUCAUCAAGCAGCUGGGCAUUUGCGCGAAUGUCUAUCCAGGAGCUACACACAACCGUUUCUUCCACUCCAUUGGCACUGCGUAUCUGGCCUACGAGUUCAUCAAGAAUCUUCGGCGGCAGCACCCAGAGCUGCAAAUCUCCGACCGGGAUGAGGUGUGCGUGACACUGGCCGGGCUUUGCCAUGAUCUCGGACAUCCUUGCUAUAGCCACAUGUUCGAGAGUUUCUUGCACCAGUUGGGCAAAGAGAAGCGGAAGAUGGCGGGGCAGUAUGGGAAGCCGCUGCCCGCAGAGCUGGAAGCCUCCAUCAGGAAGUAUGAGACCUGGAGCCAUGAGAAGGCGUCGCAGAUCCUGGUGGUCCAUAUCUUGGAGAGGCUGCAAGCAAGCCUCGAGCUGGCUGGCCUAAGAAGGGACAAGUACGAUGACUUCAUCCUUAUCUGCGAGCUGAUUGAUCCCCCGAAGAAGGAGCUGCAUGAGUGCUUGCGCGCUGGGACGCUAAAGGAGAAAUGGCCCGAAUUGAUCAAGGGCCGACCGGUGGAGAAGGCCUUCUUGUAUGAGAUUGUGAGCAAUUGGCGGAGUGGGAUCGACGUGGACAAGUUCGACUAUUUCCGGCGGGACGCUCACUUCCUGGGUCUUCAGCGUCAGUUCGACCAUGUCCGGUACAUGAAGUCGGCAAGGGUGAUUCUGGACAGUGACAGGGAACAGGGCGUGCCCACAAUCUCACCUCCGGAGAAGGACCGUGAUAACAUCCGAGAUAAUCUGAUGGAGCUGCGCAAGACGCUGCAUCGCACAGCCUACCAGCACAAAACGGUCAAGAAGCUGGAGCAGCACAUGAUUGAUCUUUUGAAGCUACUGGACAAGACGCCCUUCCUCACCGGUUCCAGCGGGCAGAAGCUGACCAUGAGUCAGGCAGCGCUGGACGUUGACCUGGUGGCGUAUCCCAAACUCACCGACAUGGCGGUGGAGAGCCGAUUGCUGGAAGCAGAGGAGGAUUUUUUGCAAGAGGCCUGCAAGGAGUACCAGCUGAGAUUUCUGCAGAGGAAGAUCAUGCGGAACGUCAUCAUUUGGACCCUCAGCAACGAAGAGGAGAAUCCACGAUUUCAGCUGCCUGAAGAGGAUGACUACUUGGCCCGGGUCCUGACAGCAUAUUAUGCCACGGCCGUCAUUCAAGCCUCCAGGCCCAAUGCGCCUGAGUACGAAGUCACUGCGGAUCAGCUUCGGCUUGCAACAGCCAAGCUGAACUAUGGUAUGGGGCACAAGGAUCCGGUGAAGAACAUCAUUUUCCACGACAAGCAGCUGAACAAACGAGGAUAUGACGCAGACCCGGACGCCAAUCCACACCGGACCAAGCUCUUCCUCUUUUGGAACCCUCCAAAUGACUUGGAUCCGGACAUCUGCGAGGCCACCCUCCACAGGCUGACCACUGCCGCCAGCACGGUGGCCAGCGACUUGAACGGGGACGCCUUGCCGGAUACAACGCCCGCGUCCCCCAUGAAGCCCAAGCGCGCCAGCGCCACGUCCCUCGACAACGACACUCUGGACGCGAAGCCGCCGCCAGCCAAAAAGUCGAGGCGGAUGCUGAAAGUGCAGUCCUCAUGCCCAGACGCGUUGGAAGGCCUCUUCGGCAAGCUCGAGCAGCUCGACUGA